ACCGAGAGGACGCUCAUGCGGAUUGGGGUCUCCAACAGGCACGCCAUCUUGAGCCUUCCCACCCGGCUGCAGCGGACGCCGGCGCGGGGGCCGGCACUUUCGACAGCCAAGUGUCGGGCCAACCACAGCGUUUGAAUUCAUGUGGCUGUGGAUGAAGCCAAGAAGAACCUGCCUUUGGAGCUAGAUUUCCUCAAUGAAGGGAGGAACGCAGAGAAAGUGGCCCAAAUGCUCAAGCACUUUGACUUCUUAAAGGUUCCCCAAAUCUACUGGGAGCUGUCCACCAAGCGGGUCCUUCUGAUGGAGUUUUAGAUGGUGGGCAGGUCAACGACAGAGACUACAUGGAGAGGAACAAGACUGAUGUCAACGAGAUCUCGCGCCACCUGGGCAAGAUACAUAUACAGUGAAAUGAUCUUUGUCAACAGCUUCAUGCACUGCGACCCCCACCCGGGCAGCGUGCUGGUGCGCAAGGGCCCGGACACCGGAGAGGCAGAGAUUGUCCUAUUGGAUCACGGGCUCUACCAGGUGCUCACGGAAGUGUUGGGGUCCAGCCCCAGCAGGUCCAGGGGUUCCCAAAGAUGUGGACGGAGUCGGCAAAGAAUGAAUGACACGGAGACAGCGUCCAGUUGAUCAGCUUAGUUGGGUUCUCUAGCCAGGUUCUCCAGCCAGGUUCUGUCUUUAUUCUCUUGUUACAUCUGUAUUUAUACCAUUUGAUCCUAUAUGCAUGCCUCUAUAAUCACAUCAUGGUAUGUUUUGGGGCCUCCCUUGACAAAUCCCAUCUCCCAUCUAGUUCUGUUGAUUUUUAAUCCUAUCCAUUCUAUUCCAAAGGUUAGGGUGUUUGUUAUCUCCAUUCCAAAGUCACUACUCUAUUGUUCUGUUAAGCUACAAGGAAAUAACUGAAGGAGAUUAUCCUAAGAUUAUGUAGUUUAAGCGUGAUUGUUUGUAGUUAAAGUGAUUAAUUAUCCGCCUGGCACUUAGUUAAUUAGUUAGCCAAUCGCACCCGCGCACUUAUUUAUGUGGGGACCUUUUUUUCUAUUUUCUCAGUAUUGUGGUUGUGACUUUUAUUAUCUGUCAGACCGCGAAGACUUAGAGACCUGAGUCCUUCCCGAAAACUCUUUGGAAUCCUGGCGUUAACUCCGCCCCAUCUCUCGCGAGAGUUGAAACCGGAAGUGAAAUAUAUUGCAGGCGUCGCGACAAGGUGGCGGCUCAGUUCACGUUGGCGGGAGCUGAGCGACCCGUCCUUCCUUGGCUCUCCGCACCGGGCUCGCUCUGCUCUCGGCGCCGGCAGAUGCGGGUGGCCGUGGCCGGCUGCUGCCACGGGGAGCUGGACAAGAUCUACGAGACGCUGGCGCUGGCGGAGCGGCGCGGCGCGGGGCCCAUCGACCUGCUGCUGUGCUGCGGCGACUUCCAGGCGGUGCGCAACGAGGCUGACCUGCGCUGCAUGGCCGUGCCCCCCAAGUACCGCCACAUGCAGACCUUCUACCGGUAUUACUCUGGAGAGAAAAAGGCCCCGGUUCUCACAAUCUUCAUUGGAGGAAACCACGAAGCCUCCAAUCAUUUGCAAGAGUUACCCUAUGGUGGCUGGGUAGCACCAAACAUUUAUUAUUUAGGUUUGGCAGGUGUAGUAAAAUACCGAGGUGUAAGGAUUGGUGGAAUCUCUGGUAUCUUCAAAUCUCAUGACUAUCGAAAAGGUCAUUUUGAGUGCCCUCCUUAUAAUUCAGCUACAAUAAGGAGUAUAUAUCAUGUGAGAAAUGUUGAAGUGUAUAAAUUAAAACAGCUGAAGCAGCCUAUGGACAUAUUCUUGUCUCAUGAUUGGCCAAGAAGUAUAUACCAUUAUGGAAAUAAGAAGCAACUUCUUAAGACUAAAUCUUUUUUCCGACAAGAAGUGGAAAAUAACACCUUAGGAAGUCCUGCUGCCUCAGAGCUCCUAGAGCACUUAAAACCAACUUACUGGUUUUCCGCACACCUUCAUGUGAAGUUUGCAGCCUUGAUGCAGCAUCAGGCCAAGGAUGAAGGAGAGACUGCCAAAGCAACCAAAUUUUUAGCCUUGGACAAAUGCUUACCACAUAGAGACUUUCUUCAGGUAAUAGAAAUAGAUCAUGACCCCAGUGCUCCUGAUCACUUGGAGUAUGAUAUUGAAUGGCUCACUAUUCUCAGGGCUACAAACAAUCUUAUUAAUGUAACUGCGCGCCUGUGGAAUAUGCCUGAAAAUAAUGGCCUGCAUACAAGGAGCGGCCAGAAGGGAGACGUGGACAUGCUGAAGGAGCUCCAGCUCUCCCUGUUGGUCAUCCUGCUGCUCUCCUGUGGCUUCCUCUACCAGCUCACCCUGAAGUCCAGCUGCCUCUUCUCCUGCCUGCCCCCCCACAAGUCCCAGCAGGGGCCGGAAGCCCUUCUGGGCAAGGGACGCAGCAUUGUGUUCCUAGAGACCUCUGAGAGGACGGAGCCGUCCCCGCUGGUCUCCUGCGCUGUGGAGUCCGCUGCCAAGGUUUAUCCCGAGCAGCCGGUGGUGUUCUUCAUGAAGGGUCUCAACAGCUCCAUGCAGUUGCCCCCAAACUCCACGUACCCAGCCUUUUCCCUCCUCUCAGCAAUAGACAACGUUUUCCUCAUCCCUUUGGAUAUGAAAAGCCUGUUUGAAGACACUCCGUUGUCUUCAUGGUACACUCAAAUCAACGCCAGUGCAGAGAGAAACUGGCUCCACGUCAGCUCAGAUGCGUCCCGCCUGGCCAUCAUCUGGAAGUACGGGGGCGUCUACAUGGACACGGAUGUCAUCUCCAUCAGGCCCAUCCCUGAAGAAACUUUCUGGCCCGCGCAGGCUUCCCGGUACUCCAGUAACGGGGUGUUUGGGUUUCCUCCCCCCGCCACGCCUUUCCUGUGGCAGUGCAUGGAGAACUUCGUGGAGCACUACAACUCAUACAUCUGGGGCAACCAGGGUCCCGACCUGAUGACGAGGAUGCUGAGAGUGUGGUGCAAGCUGGAGGACUUCCAGGAGUUGAGCGACCUCCGGUGUUUGAACGUGUCCUUUCUACACCCCCAAAGGUUUUACCCCAUCUCCUACCCUGAGUGGAGGCGCUACUAUGAAGUGUGGAGCCCAGAGCCGAGCUUCAAUGACUCCUACGCCCUGCACCUGUGGAACUACAUGAACCAGGAAGGGAAGGGUGUGGUGAGAGGCAGCAACACGCUGGUGGAAAACCUCUACCGCAAGCACUGUCCCCGGACUUACAGGGACCUGAUUCGAGGCCCGGAGGGGUUGGUGGCUGGGGAGUCGGGCACAGGUAACAAAUAGAGCCAAGUUCGUUGCUGCUACAUCGUGGAACUAGAUACACGCUUCUCGGGGGGCCUUACUUCCCCGGGGGCCUCGCUGCCCCCUGACCUCCACUUUCCCCAGGGGCUCAAUGAUCUAGUCCUCUACCCACCCUCGGUAUUCUCUGGUCCUGGGACACAGCCUGGCACACGGUGGGCACUCAAGAACUCUUGGCUGUAUGGAAUGUUGAGCUCUGCCCAGCUAAGGGAAGGAGGUCAGGGUGACAUGCAUGGCAGGUCUCGGUCAGCCGGGGAUGCAGUCCUUAGCGUUUAGCCUUACGGGCAAAGUAGACCAGGGUGCAUGUCAAGUGCACUUUCUCACAACAGCCCUGCAAAAGAGGGUGACUCAUUGCACAGGGGGAAAUCGAGGCUGGUGGAAGUGGCCGUCACAAACAGCUACCCUCAGAGCUAUUUUCUGCACACGCCAGGGACACACUGGGGACAGAGCUGCGAAGCAAAUGCUCUCAGCCCCAGAUUUCACACUGGGCUGCACUCAGAGGACACGCCCCGACUGCCAGGCCCCAGGCUGAGCCUAGAGAUGCUUUAGCUAAGUUGUGUCUCAUGGUGACCCUGCUCGGUAGAGUUUAUUUUCCCGCUUUACAGAGAGGUUAAGUGACUUUCCCAGGGGCACACAGCUUGGGAAUAUGGAAUGUAAAUGAAUCUUUGACUCCAAAUCCUAGGCUCUUCCCUCCCCUGCAGUGGGUAGUAGGAACCCCGGAGAGAUAAGCAUGCCUAGGUCCUGGGCCCUGCCCCAGUGAAAUCUUUAGCAUUUUAAAACUUGUGAUAAAAUAUACAUACCAUAACAUUUGCCAUUUUAACCAUCUUAAAGUGUACAAUUCAGUGGCACUAAGUAUAUUCACAUUGUUGUGCAACCAUCACCACCAUCCAUCUCCAGAACCUUUUCAUCUUCCCAAAGUGAAAUUCUGUCCCAUGAGACACUAACUCCUCCUUCCCUAUCUCCCCCCACCCCCUCUCAGCCUUGGUAACCGCUAUUGUAUUUUCUGGGAUAUCUCUAUGAAUGUGACUAUUCUAGUUAUGAUGUACAGGUGAAAUCAUGUAAAUAUUUGUCCUUUUGUGUCUGGCUUAUGUCUCUUAGCAUAAUAUUUUCAAGGUUCAUGUUGUAACAUCUAUCAGAAUUCCAUUCUGUUUUAAAGGAAAUUCUAUUCCAUUGUAUGUGUGCAUGGGCCACAUUUUUAAUCCAUUCAUAUGUCGACGGGCACUUGGGUUGCUUUCACCUUUUGGCUAUUGUGAACAAUGCUGUUGGGAACUUGUAUGUGCAAAAUUUGAGUUUCUGCUUUCAGUUCUUUUGAGUAUACACCCAUAAAUGGAACUGCUGGACCAUA